AUGGCGGAGGAGGCGGCGGUGGCGGUGUGCGUGCGGGUGCGGCCGCUCAACAGCAGAGAAGAACUUGGAGAGGACGCCCAUGUUUACUGGAAAACUGACAGUAAUACUAUUUACCAGAGUGAUGGGGGGAAAUCCUUCAAUUUUGAUCGUGUCUUUCAUAGUAAUGAAUCCACUAAAAAUGUGUACGAAGAAAUCGCCGUACCGAUCAUCAAUUCUGCCAUACAGGGCUACAACGGUACCAUAUUUGCCUAUGGGCAAACUGCAUCAGGAAAAACACAUACUAUGAUGGGCUCUGAAGACUGUGUGGGAGUUAUACCCAGGGCAAUCCAUGACAUUUUCCAAAGGAUUAAGAAGUUUCCUGAGAGAGAAUUUCUCUUACGGGUGUCUUACAUGGAGAUCUACAAUGAAACCAUUACAGAUUUACUCUGUAGUGCCCAAAAAAUGAAACCUUUGAUAAUUCGGGAAGACAUCAACAGAAAUGUAUAUGUUGCUGAUCUUACAGAAGAAGUGGUUUAUACAGCAGAAAUGGCUUUGAAAUGGAUCACAACAGGAGAAAAGAACAGACAUUAUGGAGUAACCAAAAUGAAUCAAAGAAGCAGUCGCUCCCAUACAAUUUUUAGGAUGAUUUUGGAAAGCAGAGAAAAGGGUGAAUCUUCUAACUGUGACGGGUCUAUCAAAGUGUCACAUUUGAAUCUGGUCGAUCUUGCGGGCAGUGAAAGAGCUGCUCAGACAGGAGCUGAAGGUGUGCGACUCAAGGAAGGCUGUAAUAUAAAUCGGAGUUUAUUUAUUUUGGGACAAGUGAUUAAGAAACUUAGUGAUGAACAAGUUGGUGGUUUCAUAAAUUACCGAGAUAGCAAACUGACACGAAUUCUUCAGAAUUCCUUGGGAGGAAAUGCAAAAACCCGCAUCAUCUGCACAAUUACCCCAGCAUCGUUCGAUGAAACCCUAACAACUCUCCAGUUUGCCAGCACUGCUAAAUAUAUGAAGAAUACUCCUUAUGUUAAUGAGGUGUCAAAUGAUGAAGCUCUCUUAAAAAGGUACAGAAAGGAAAUAGUGGAUCUUAAAAAACAAUUGGAGGAGGUAAAUACAAAGACUCGGGCACAGGAAAUGGAAAAAGAUCAGCUGGCCCAGCUUCUGGAUGAAAAAGACUUGCUCCAGAAAGUGCAGGAUGAGAAAAUCCAGAACCUGAAGCGGAUGCUGGUGACAUCAUCUUCUAUUGCAUUGCAGCAGGAGCUAAAGGUUAAAAAGAAACGAAGAGUUACUUGGUGCUAUGGCAAAAGUAGCAAAAUGAAGGAUUCAAACUAUGUAAAUGAAUUUAAAGUUCCACUAAAUGUAACUACAAGGGCACAUAAAACUUCUGUGACUUUUUUGCAAGAAAAUUCUCUGAGAUUGGGAGAGAAUGAUGAAUCACUCUCUGUGGAGUCUGAUAUGUUCAGUAACAGUCUUGAAUCCUUGGCUGAGGUGGAGUGGAAUUCAGCAACAAAGAUGCUAAGCGAGGAAAACUUAGAAAGUGAGUUGACCUCAAUUCAUGCUCAGUACGAUGAUCUAGUAUUGGACUAUGAGCAGCUAAGAAGAGAAAAUGAAGAACUGAAAUUGAAAUUAAAAGAAAAAAAUGACUUAGAGGAAUUUGAAGCUCUCGAAAGAAAAGCAGAGAAAGAUCAGGAGAUGCAACUAAUUCAUGAAAUUUCCAACUUAAAGAAUUUAGUUAAGCAUGCAGAAGUAUAUAAUCAAGAUCUUGAGAACGAACUAAGUUCAAAAGUAGAGCUUCUUAAACAAAAAGAGGAUCAGAUUAAGGACCUGCAGAAAUACAUAGAUGCCCAGAAGUCAGAAAAGAUGAAAAUAGACCUGUCUUACUCAUCGGAACCCACUGAAGACCUAAAGCAGAUGAUGCAGACGCUGUCUGAUAUGGACGCCGUGGCCCUUGAUGCCAAGAGAGAGUCGGCCUUCCUUAGGAGUGAGAACCUGACGCUGAAGGAGAAAGUUAAUGAACUUUCAGAUUCUUGUAAGCAAAUGGAAAAUGACAUCCAGGCCUAUCAACGCCAGCUGGAGGCAAAAAAGAAAAUGCAAGAUGAUCUAGAUAAGGAAUUACAGUUUGCUUUUCAGGAAAUAUCAAAACUCACUGCCCUGGUGGAUGGCAAAGGUUUGCUCUCAAAUUUGGAGCUGGAGAACAGGAUUACUGAUCUCCAACGAGAACUGAAUAAAGAAGUUAAAGAAAAAGAAACUUUGCAAAAAGAAGUUCACUUGCUCUCGGAGUUGAAGUCUUUACCCUCUGAGGUAGAAAUGCUGAGGAGAGAGCUGCAUGAGAAAUCUGAAGAGCUCUGUUUAAGAACCUCAGAAAAGGAAAACUUGUUUUCUGAAGUAGCUCAUAAGGACAGUAGAAUUCAAGCCUUACUUGAAGAAAUUGGAAGGACUAAAGACGACCUUCCAGCUUCCCAGCUGAAUUGCAGAAGCAGAGAGGAAGCAUAUCAAACACUGGAAGCCCUUCACGUGGAACUCGAGCAGAAAUAUGAAGUGGUUCUGGAAGACAAUGAGAAGAUGAAACAGGAAAUAGGAAAUCUCUCUAAAGAAGCAGAAAACCUUGGUUCAAGUUUGGAUUCCUUGAAGGCCGAGCUUUCCCACAAGACUCAAGAGCUUCAGCAGAAAACAAGCGAGAGUCAGGAGAGGUCAGAUAAAAUGGACGAGCUGAGAACGCAGUUAGAACACAGAGAGUCCAGCCUGCAGUCUGCAGAGAAGGAGAGAGCACUGCUCACUGAGAGGCUUCAGCAAACCUUGGAAGAAGUAAGAGUCUUAACCCAAGAAAAGGAAGACCUAAAACAACUCCAAACCAGCCUGCAGAUGGAGAGGGACCAACUGAGAAGUGACAUUCAGGACACCGUAAACAUGAACGUAGAGACUCAAGAACAGUUACUAAAUGCUCUUGAGUCUUUGAAACAACACCAAGAAACAAUUAACAUACUGAAAAUGAAAGCUGCUGAGGAGAUGUCCAAGAAUUUGCAUAUGGAGGACAGUGGUGGAAGUAGAGACGAAGUUGAGCGGAAGGUUGAUGGCAUAGAUGAAGAACAGAAUCUACUGGCUGGAAAUGCCCAAACAUUGGUUUCAGGUGGUAACGAUAAUGGGGUAACGGAUGAACAGAGGAAAAUACAUUCUUUAAUGCAGGAGAAUAGUGGACUCCAACAAACAGUGGAAAGUCUUAUUGCAGAAAAGGAGCAAUUGAAAAUGGACCUGAAGGAAAAUAUCGAAAUGACUAUUGAAAACCAGGAGGAAUUAAGAAUUCUUAGAGAUGAACUCAAAAGGCAACAAGAGUUAGCUGCACGGGAAAAAGACGAAGCCUCCAAGAAGAGCGACGAGCUCUCCAGGGCGUGUGGGAGAUUGGCAGAGGUAGAAGAAGAGUUAGAGGAAAAGAACCAGAAACUGCAAGAAAAGCAGCAACUCCUUGUCAGUGCAGAGGAAGAUGUGAGUAAGAUGCAGGAAAGGCUGACUGAAGUGGAGAGUCUAAAGGACCAGCUCAGGAGCCAAGGACUGGCGUUGGAGCGCAUGGAAACAGAGAGACUUGAGUUGUCUCAGAAACUUCAGGAAAACUGUGAGAAGUUGAAAUCUCUAACCAAAGAAAGAAAUGAUCUAAAGGAAUUGCAGGAAUCAUUUGAAAUAGAAAGAAGACAGCUUGCAGAAUAUGCAAGAGAAAUCAAAGCUACAGGCCUACAAACAGAAGGACUAAGCAUUGCUCACACACAUCUGAAAGAGCACCAAGAAAUCACUGACGAGCUAAGAAGCAUUUCUGAGAAAGAAGCUCAGGGAGCAAGCGCUCAGGACACAGAAAAAUCCAAUAUCAAAUCGCAAGAAAAGCUUCGAGAACAAGAGCUCCUUCCUAUUUUGAACGAAGUCAAGGAGAUUCCAGGAAAAGUGGAUGAACUGGAGCCAUUGGAAGAACACUCCAGAACAACUGGUUCAGAGCCACCAGAAAGCAUAGAGAGGCUUGGGCUGACUGAGAAGCUUCAAGAAAGUCAGAAAGAGAUCAGAUGUCUCGCUGAAGAGAGGGACGACUUGAAAAUGAUGCUAGAAACACUUCGUGUCGAAUGUGCCCAGCUGAAAGAAGAUGCCAGAAAAACUUUGGCUAAACAUCUAGAAACUGAAGAGGAGCUUAACGUUGCUCGUUGUUGCCUGGAAGAGCAAGAGAAAACAAAUGACACGCUAAGGGCGGGCCUCUCCCAGAAGGAGACCGAGCUGUCGGGUAUCCGUGCACAGCUAGAGUCGACCACUGAUGAACUAGAGAGAAAGGUUCAAGAACUCUGUGAGAAACAGGAACAACUAAAUAUAAAAGAAACUAAUGAGGCGCAAGCGAAAAUGAAUGAGCUAGACGAAGUCAAGGCGCUUCUCCUCGCCAAGGACUCAGCACUGCAGAGGCUGGAGAGUGACAGGCUCCAGCUGACUGCAGAGCUAGAAGGAAGUCAGGAGGAAGUGAGGACUCUAACCAAGGAAAGAGAUGAGCUGAAGAGAGCACAGGAGGCUCUUCGUGUGGAAAGCGAACAGCAGAGAGAAGCCAUGAAAGAAAUUGGUGCUAAGCUCCAAGAACUUGAGGACAGAGAGCAUGAAUGCCUAGCGAUGAAGACGGUCAGUGAGACUCAAGGAAGCGGACAUGAAGUGGAAUGCUUGACCAAGCAGCUGAACGCCCAGAACGCAGCUCUGGAGAGGGUGGAAAUGCAGAAUGUAACCUUGACUCAGAGGCUUCAUGCAACCCUUGACGAAAUGGGAUCUGUAACAAAAGAAAGAGAUGAGCUUAGGAGUAUGGAAGAGCGCCUCACCGUAGAGAGAGACCAGCUGGAGGAGAACCUUAAAGAGACAGUAACUAGAGGUCUGGAAAAAGAAGAGGAGCUGAGAGUUGCUCGUGUGCACCUGCAAGAGCACCAGGAGACUAUCAGCAAGCUCAGGGAGAGUGUGUCUGAUAAGGUAGAUGAACUAUCAUGUAUCCAAGGGGACUUGGUACACACGCAUGCUGUUCUAGAAGCUAAGAGCCAAGAACUCCAGGAAAAAGCACGUCAACUUUCUCAGGUACAAGCUGAGCUCGGGGAAAGGAUGGAUCAGAUGGAGCAAUUGAAGAAGCAGCUAGGAUCCCAGAGCUCAACUCUGGAGAACAUAGAAAUAGAGAAGUUAAAGUUGACUCAGCAAGUUUAUGAAAACCUUGAAGAAAUAAGAAUUGUCACCAAGGAAAAUGAUGACCUCAAAAUUAUGGAUGAAGCCCUCAGAGUAGAGCGAGACCAACUGAAGAAAAGUCUUCAACAAAUGGAAGCAAGUGAUCUGGAAAAGCAAGAGAAACUAAGAAUUGCUCACAUGGAUCUGAAGGAGCACCAAGAAACCAUUGAUAGACUCAGAGGCAGUGUGUCCAAGAAGACAGAUGAAGUAUCAAAUAUGAAAAUGGAAUUAGAAAAUGCAAAUACUAAAUUACAGGAAAAGAUUCAAGAACUUAAGGCAAAUGAACUUCAACUUCUUACAUUAAAAGGAGAGGCCACUGAAACACAAAAGCAACUCAAGCAGCAGGGCUUAACUCUGAGUAAGAUAGAGAUGGAGAAUUUAAAUCUGGCCCAGAAGCUUCACGAAAAUCUUGAAGAAAUGAAAUCUGUAAUAAAAGAAAGAGAUAAUCUAAAGAGAAUGGAGGAAAUGCUCAAGAUGGAGAGAGACCAGCUCAAGGAGAACCUAAGGGACAGCAUGCGUAAGGACCAUCAGAACCAUAAAGAGAUAGUAAAACAUGCAAAGGAGUUACUGUGUGAUGGAGAACAACAUGGAACAAGAAAGCUUCAAGAAAAGUGCCUCAGGAUAAAAGAGCUCCUGAAAAGAUACUCAGAGAUGGGUAAUGAUUAUGAGUGCUUGAGUCGGCUCUCUCUUGACUUGGAGAAGGAAACUAAAACCCAAAAAGAGCUGGUGAUUUCUAUAAAAGCAAAGCUUUCACUUCCAUACCCACAAACCAAAGAGAUUGAAAAGCUUUUUACUGCAAAUCAGAGAUGUUUCAUGGAAUUCCACAGAAUCCUGAAGAAACUUAAGUACGUGCUGAGCCACAUUACAAAGAUAAAGGAAGAGCAACACGAGUUCAUCAAUAAAUUUGAAGUGGCUUUUAUCCAGGAAGUGGAAAAGCAGAAUGAACUGUGGACUAAAAUACAGAGCUUUCAACAUGCUUAUGAUCUUCCAUCCAAAGACUUAGAGAACCUCAGACUGAGCCAGGAUAUGGACCUCCAUAUUGAGGAAAUUCUCAAGGACUUUUCAGAAAAUGACUUCCCCACCAUCAAAACUGAAUUCCAGCAAGUACUAAGUAAUAGGAAAGAAAUGACUCGGUUUCUGAAAAAGUGGCUGAAUACUCCUUUUGAUACAGAGCAGCUUAAAAGUGGCAUCCAAGAGGAAAACAACAGCGUUAGCCAGAUGAAUAACUUCUACAAUACCAAAAUAACCGCCAUGAUAAACAAAUUCACAGACUUUGAGGAAGGAAAUGCCACAAGAUCCAAAGAAUUGGAACAUUACCUGAAAUCGCUGAAAGAGAAAACUGAACAACUAUCUAGAGACUGCCAGACUUUGACCACCUCCCAGGCCGCUGCCCAUGCUUAUCCUACUACACACCCUUUCCCACGGGAUAGCAAAAGUCCUCAUGCUGCAUCAGUCAGUGACCAACUAGCAUCAGAGGACAAAGUUGCUUUAGGAGCUGUGCCUUAUAAGGAAGAAAUUGAGGAUCUCAAAAUGCAGCUGGUGAAAAUUGACCUAGAAAAGAAGGAAAAUGCCAAGGAAUUUGAGAAGGAAAUUCUUUCUACAAAAGCCACUGUUGACCAUCAGAAAGAAGUGAUAAGGCUGCUGAGGGAAAACCUCAGAAGAAACCAACAGGCCCAGGAUACCUCAAUUAUAUCAGAGCCGAGCUCUCAGCUUUCCAGUAAACCCUUAACCUGUGGAGGUGGCAGCGGGAUUGUACAAAACACAAAAGCUCUUAUUCUGAAAAGUGAAUAUGUAAGGAUGGAAAAUGAAAUUUCUAAGCUAAAGCAGCAAAAUGAACAGCUAAUAAAGCAAAAGAAUCAAUUAUUAAGUGCUAAGUCUCAGCUCUCCAAGGAGUUUAAAGCCUGGAAGGAAAGGACCCUUGCAAGAGACACCUACAGAGAAGCAGCUCAUGAGACCUUGCCAAAGUCCCCGAAAGUGACUGGGACAGAGUCUAAAAGGAGACAGAACACACCUUCUCAAUGCAGGGAACGGAAUUUCCAGGACCCUGUGCCAAAAGACUCACCAAAAUCUUGGUUUUUUGAUAACCGGUCAAAGUCUCUACCAGCACCUCCUCCGAUUCGCUAUUUUGAUAACUCCAGUUUAGGACUCUGCCCAGAGGAACCAGCUGCAGAAGUAGAGAAUGUGGAUCCCAAGGCAGACUUCCGUCAGCCCUCCUUGGGGAAAGAUGUGCCUGAGUGCAAAAUGCAGUAGCCGGCCGACCCACCCAUAGCAUCCUUCAGAGUGGCCUUCUUCGUGUGUCUGCCCUGACCUGACAGUGAUGUAAU